AUGAUGGUAAUAUUUGAACGGAAGGAGUACAUGGGUUUGUUGGAUGAGGACUGGGAUUUUGGGGUGCCUCUGUAUGUGCAUAAAGAUGAAGUCUUGAAGUUGAGUUUUAGAGGCGACACGGCGGCUUCAGCCGAUUUCUUCCCCUUCCUUUGCCUCCCCAUGGAUAUGCACUGCAAGGCAGACCCCUUCUCAGCAAUGCACCCAGGGCACGGGGGUGUGAACCAGCUCGGGGGGGUGUUUGUGAACGGCAGGCCCCUACCUGACGUGGUGAGACAAAGGAUAGUGGAGCUGGCUCACCAGGGGGUGCGACCCUGUGACAUUUCCCGGCAGCUGCGGGUCAGCCACGGUUGUGUCAGCAAGAUCCUGGGCAGGUAUUACGAGACGGGGAGCAUCAAGCCCGGCGUGAUCGGCGGCUCCAAACCCAAAGUGGCGACCCCCAAAGUAGUGGAUAAAAUCGCCGAGUACAAGAGACAAAACCCGACAAUGUUCGCCUGGGAGAUCCGGGACAGGCUACUGGCCGAGGGCAUCUGCGACAACGACACGGUCCCCAGCGUCUCCUCCAUAAACAGGAUCAUCAGAACCAAAGUUCAGCAACCUUUUCACCCAACACCAGACGGGAGCGGGACAGGCGUGACUGCACCAGGACAUACUAUUGUGCCCAGCACAGCAUCCCCUCCCGUCUCCAGUGCCUCCAAUGAUCCAGUGGGCUCUUACUCCAUUAACGGGAUCCUGGGGAUUCCUCGGUCGAAUGGCGAGAAGAGGAAACGUGAUGAAGAUGUAUCCGAGGGCUCAGUUCCCAAUGGAGAUUCCCAGAGCAGCGUGGACAGUUUACGGAAGCACCUUCGUGGCGACACUUUCACCCAGCAGCAGCUGGAAGCUUUAGAUCGAGUUUUUGAGCGUCCUUCUUACCCAGACGUCUUUCAAACAUCAGAGCACAUCAAAUCUGAGCAGGGUAAUGAGUACUCCCUCCCAGCUCUGACCCCUGGUCUCGAUGAAGUCAAAUCAAGUCUAUCCACCUCUGCUAACCCAGACCUGGGGACAAAUGUGUCAGGACCCCAGACGUACCCUGUGGUGACCGGUCGUGAUAUGGCAAGUACCACCUUGCCUGGCUACCCACCCCAUGUUCCCCCAACUGGACAAGGCAGCUACCCAACCUCAACUCUUGCAGGAAUGGUUCCUGGGAGCGAGUUCUCAGGGAAUCCCUACAGCCACCCUCAGUACACAACCUACAACGAGGCCUGGCGGUUCAGCAACCCUGCAUUACUAAGUUCCCCUUAUUAUUAUAGUGCCACAUCCCGGGGCUCCGCACCUCCCACUGCUGCCGCUGCCUAUGACCGCCACUAGUUACCAUGGAAACCACAUGAAACUGCAGGGCGACAGCUUAGGCCUCCACAUUGUACCUGUCUGAUCACCUCCCUCCAUCCCUGGGAAGGGUGAAGAGACCUUCUCCGUUCCUCCCCAGUCCAGUUCCUUCCUCUUCGCCACGAAGGCACCGGACCAAGCGCUCACCACACAAGACUGAGACCCCCGCCCUCCCCUGCCCCCCACCCCCACCGCUCCCCCUGUGCUGGGAAGAGCCUGUGGCCCAGCGGCUUCUCCUGCUGGAGCCCUCCACCGCGCCUGGGCCAAGUGCAGCCCCACCAAGCCCCCUCGGCUUCCAGGACUUUAGGGGGACUGGGAAGCAAUGCAGCUGGCAACCAUUGCCUUAUGGGACCCCCUUCUUCUGGGAGCGGUAGGGGCCAGGGGAAGCAGGGGAGAUCGCCGCUCCUGAAACACUGAUCCCCAAAGAUACGGUCUCCCAUGGCGGACCCUUCGGCAUGUGCAACCCGCGAUGCUCACCCUGUUCCCCAGGACAGAGGGAACGGUCUGGCUAGAGCAGAGAUGGCAGUGCAGAGACCUGCCCCGCCUGGCAAUGAAGAAAAGGACCAAGGACCUGCGCCCCGCAAGGGGUUCUCUGCGCACCUCAUCCCCAUGCUCCAGCACAGCCCCCCACGGUCAGCUGCACCUCACGCGCGGCGGCUUUGCAGGCCGGAGUCGGGAGGAACCUCACACACACCCACAACUUCUGUGACACACAAUCAGCUCAGACAGGAGGAUGGAGCAACAUUUACAAACCAACCAACGGAAUGAAGAAAUAUAUAAAUAGAUAUAUAAAUAUAACUGUGUUUUUAUGCUUUGUCAUGAAGGUCUGUAAAAAGAAAAAAAAAAAAGAACAAAUCCCCAAUUUUCUAAAAAACCCAAGCAAACAAAAACAACAAAAAAACCAAAAUAAUAAUUAAAAAACCCUACAAAAAUAAAACUCCAAGUCCCAUCCCUCCCCGCCACCUGAAUGGCAGACAAGUUCCUCUGACGUUUGAUGCUCCUCUUUCACUCUAGGGUUUUGUUUCCUUUCUGUUUUGCACUACAAUGGGAUGGUGGUAUUGGAGAGGAUUGGAUGCCAGCUCCACCCCUGUCGCCUCCUCCUCCUCCCCUUUCCCAAAUCCUGUCUCUGGGGAGCAGUGUGGACAAGUCACAUCUGACAAAGUUACCAAACACAUCAGUCGACAAAAAAAGCACUCUGAGUCAACAAACGUUUUCCAUGUCACUGGUUGGCAAACAAAGAAAACAAGCCCAGCUGCGCUCUAGCUGCGCUGUGUGGUGGAAAGAGUGGGGCUUCAUGUGGGCCCAUCUGAUUGCCCUCUGGACAGCUGAGACUGAGAUGGACAAAUUCAGGAUUGGCUGGGAUUAUUGCUUGGUUCCCUAGCCCUUAGCCUCUUCUCCUUCACCUUAACCCCUGUACCUGUGAUGACUUCAGUUCACCCUCAUCCCAACUCUCGCAAUUUUAGAUACGUCCAGCACCCAUUCUCCAGACCCUCACUGCCGGUGACAACAGCCUCAUGAUCUGUGCCCAACACCUAAUUUCCUAACCACUGCAGCCUUGCUGUUACGGCCCCCCUUCGAUUCCCAGCCCAUCUGCUCAUACACCUACUAAUUUAUAGGCCUUCAUUCAAAUCCAUAUGCCUGCAUUCAACCAGCCAGUCCCAACAUACAGCCCCAUCUUUUCAUCUUCAAUCCUAUAUUGUGCACCCCUAGUAUUUACCCCUUACCCAAAUGCUCACCUGAUGAUUCUCUAGGGAUUCUCUGCUCUUUUUGGUUCCCAAGUGACUGGCAAACACUGUUCUGCAAAAGGCUAACUGUCAAUAGAAACGCUUAUUACUCCUGUAUCGUCAGCAAACUCAUAAACUGUUCCUUGCACUGACACUUCCUAAAAAAUACUCAAAGAAAACAUGAAGGCAGCUAUAGCCUGUCCCCAGGGCAUCAAGUCUGCCAAAGUAGAUCUGUGUUGUUUUAGAGAGGUUUCAGAUAAAACUUGUGGGCUACUGUCCAUGGACAAAGACAGGAUUGAGAAUCAAACCCCCGAAGGGCAUAAAAGUGAACAGCGGAGCAAUCUGUACAGCCAACAUUAUGUAUAAAAUCCAAAGUUCCAAGCCUCAGAGGAGAUGUGGUUGUGGACUCGGUAUUCUGUCUCCAAGUUUAACUUGUAUGUAUGAAAUCCAUCAUCAGUAAACAGCUGUGUUGAUCCCAAAGGCCCCUUUCACCUAACACUUUUAGCCCUUGCAUGGCUCUAGCUGAUUAUAGGUCUGUGUCUUCUUUAUUGGGGUGCCCAAAUGAUAAGGGUAUUUGGCGGGAUGUUUACAUAGAAGAUAUAGAGCUAAAAUCUGUUCCUGUACAGAAUAAAAUCAAAGAGGUUACUCCUGUUCUAUUAAAAGUGUCAUUCUGCAUGUCUUACCUCUGAGUGACCUGCUGCAAAGAGCGGAGUUGUUACACUGUCACCAAGACCAGAAUUUGGCCCGUUAUCUCAUCUUAUUCUGUAUGAGAAGCAAAUUCUGAGUAAUUUCUGAAAAUUUACUUUCACCACUCCUUCUGUUUUCCUCCACAGACACCAGACAGAUGCUGGACCCUGUUAGCAAAGUCUCCCCUUUAGUGUCUCAGUACAGCCUUUGCUCUCCCUGCGCACCACCCCGUUUCACGCAGCGGGUGGUCGGGGCAGAGGCAGUAAAUCCCAGGACCAGCAAGGAGAACCUCCUGAGGAGGCUAGAGAAAAGGAGACUGUCCUGCCUCACACUUGGUGACCUGCAGUCCAGGGGCCACCUCAAGAGAAGCUAGCAGCUCAGAAAUGCUUAUUUUUAUGAUGGUGUUGUGCUAAACUUGAGACACGAGCUAGGGUAUGAAAGCAGGAUUUUGGUUGGCUUACUCAUGGCUGGCUUGAUUUGACCCUCGGAGGGCCAAAUCCAUUGUUGGUGUAACUCCACUGAUAAAAGAGGAUUUCCACCAGGCACUGGAUUGGUCUGGAAAGUUCAUAAGUACGGCAUGUAGUUUGACCAGGAAAAUGAAAAGGAAAGCAGAAUUAUGCAAAGGACCGGGCAGUCUAAUCCUCUUCCACCACCAUCUGUAGACCCCCAUGCGAAUGUACUGAACUACAUUUGCCAAAGAGUUUCUUGUGUUGGUUGUUUUGAUUUACAGUCGGUGGAUGCAUUGUAAAGCAGUAUUAUAGCUAAAGUCUAGUAUCUGACACAGGGAUUUAUGUGGUGAUAUUAUGCAGAAGAAAACCAUCAAUAUUCAUAUAGAUUCCAUUAGACUGGACUAUGCAGGAAACGCAAAAAUUCUACCAAUUAUUUAAUAUUAUGUUAUUUGCAAAAACAAUUGCUGCUUUGUAGGAAGAUAAUGUGUGUAAUGUGAAGGCAAUUCCUCUUGUAUAUAAGUUCAUCUCCAUCUUCAUCAUGGUAGUUAUUAAAACAACCUCGUCUCAUCCUGUAGAUAAGGAACACACUGUCUGUACUGUGCAAGUCUCGUUGUGCUCACUGAAAACAAAACAGUAUGUUCAAUAAAGCACAGCACAAAUCCAGAACCUGAGGGAACAGCCAAACCUUGGAAGGACCCCUUCCCCAACAGGCCAACAGUUGCUUUGUUAUAGGUGGAUUUUGGGCUUUUUUUCUGUUCUUUAAAAAGUUUUACAGGAAAAAAUGAGAAAUAAUUGGAGGAAGAAAUCACUAUGCAAAAUCUAGUGAAGUCUAUGACUCACAUCUCU